GUCAAGGACAAUAACUCUUUACCCACGUAUGAUCCUAAAUGGUAUUGAAACCUGAAAUGAGACCUCCAGGAACUUUGAAUGGGUGGGGUGCGACCUGUUGUAUUUAUUCGCCCGAUAUGUUUGCCAAAGACAACGCAUUACUUUCCUUUGUGGAUGAGGCAAGUAGAAUACCCUAAAGUUUCUCCAGGAGACCCGCCUGUAAAGUGCUUCUUACCACCAUUUUGGAUGAAAAUGAUGUAUCCAGGUCCCAAAAAUCCCCCGAUCAUGUUGUUUUUAAAGUUCAUCCACAGUAAGUAGUUAGUAACGUAUAAUCUCAGAAUGACUGCCCAUAAUGUUCGACAGUAUCUUGAGAAGAUAUAUAGUGUUCCUGUUGCAGAUGUUCGAGUGAAAAUGGUUCAUCAUGACUUACCACCAGUGGACAUACCACAGAAGGAGCGUUCGGGACGUUCUUUAGACUCUACAGACUAUCCACCUAAACCUGAACGCUAUGAAAAGUUUGCUUACGUACGUUUGGUAAGUUCUGAAUGCUUAUCCUUAUAUGUAAUUAAAUGUUACUCUUUAAAGUGUGAUUUAAAUACUAUGUUUUCAUGUACAUAACUGCGUCUUAGUAUCCACAUGAGCGACCAUUAUAAACAUUUAGAUUCAGCUGUAAGGAUGCCAGCUAUUCAAUAUUUCUAAAACUCACUUGGAAUAAAACUAGUGCAAACAAUAUAAUCGGAAGGUCGUGCUUUACUUCAUAGACUAUUUGGGAAACCUUCAGCCUUUUAUCAUAACUUCACGCCAAUAAAGAUAGCUUUUUUUUAUUCCAUCAUUGCAAAAUAUCGCAUGACAACUUGUCUUUUUAUCUUAAUCUCUGAAAGCUUAUUAUUCAGUGCAAUUUUUCCGCAUACUAGCCCUGGCAUGUGUGUGCACUCAAGGAAACUGAGGGAACUAAGAAUAUGGAAUCGGUCUUAGUUAUUGGUUGAAUAUUAGGACUGAUAAGUAACCCUUACCACAAUUCCCGAAGCCAUAACGUUUGCUUCCAGAUAACUUGAGUUGCUUCGUGUAAGGAAACUGUAAGAAACCUAAUUUGGAUAGCAUGAGCAGUUAGUGAAGACAAGCCACAAAGUUAGUGUAUGUUUGUCACGUUAAGUAGGUUUUGCAUCCUUUGUGAAGCUUGUGGGCUGCUGAUAUUUCUCAGCUGUUCACACCUUGGAAGGGGAUUUAUAUGGAAAGUGGAUUAGUUCAGCUUGAUCGCAAAGCUUCGUUAUACGCCUCUCCGUGUAUUUUGUUUUUGUCGUGUUCACCUGGCAAAUUAGAUAGCACACUCCAUCUAACAGGCAUGUCUACUUACACUACUAAUCAGGAUUACCACCACCAAAUCACCUUAGUAUUCAUAUUACUAUCCUCCUCCCACCUCCUCUUAUUGUAUUACGUAUUUAGUUUUUAAAAUCGGAACCCAAACUGUUAGUCAGUUUAGUGACUGGGAAUUAUUUUUCUCUAAAGAUGUGUUCAAAAAUAGAAUAUCUGACCUCUUUUAGUUGUUUCCUCAAAGUAAUUUACAGGUUGCCUCCCUGAUCUUUGUGUUCAGAACAUUAUGUACAGUCGUUAGCCUUACCAUGGCACUCUUUAGGAACAAUUCUUUUAAUCUCCUGUUGAACAUUAUAGUAAUCAUAUGACCCUACUGAUCAAUAAUAAACUGUCAUUUAUUUCCAGUGCAUGUACGUUGGGUUGUUCCAGCUGUAGUUAGUGACAAGAUUUUCUCUAUGAAGCCUUUGUUCAGUAACUUAAUACUGGAGAUUUUCCGUUUAUUGAUGUUCCAAUAUUUAAUUUUCUUUCAAGGCUCCAGGUGAAGUUUUCACUUUUCCAGAUAUAUUUAAAGAGAAACGUCCAACAGAAAUCAUCGAAAAAUUGUCAGAAGAUAUUAUUCCUGAGUCUAAAGAGAUUGUUGUGGCACCCAAUAAGUCAGAACCUGAGAAAUUUCAUCGUAUCAAAGGUUCUAGAAAGUGGUUUACAUUUUGAUACUUCUGCAUUUUGAUAAAUAAAAGAGCUCUACUCAUCUUUGUU